AUUUGCAGUCUAUUAAAAGUAACACAAUGGGUAAAUUAAUAAUAUUUAUUUGUGCUGUUCUGUUGUGUUUCACUCAAGAUGGUCAAUGUGCGAGAAUCCUGGCAAGCAUCUUCAGCCCAUCCUUCAGUCACCAACUGGCGUUCAGGCCAAUUUGGCAAGAGUUGGCCAAAAGAGGCCACGACUUAACGGUCAUAACCACCGACCCAGUUAAAGACGCACCCUACAAGCAAAUCGACACGAGCCACUCGUACAAGAUGAUGGAGGAACUCGGCAUGAGCAACGCGGUCUCAAACCGAAACCAAUCUGCGAGGGACGCUGGCAAAAACUACAUUGAUGGGUUGCACAAAAUAUCGGACUAUCAGUUUGGCAUGCCGGAAGUGCAGGCGUUGAUUAACAACAAGAAGGAACACUUUGAUCUACUGAUGAUAGAAGUUAUUUUUCCGGGUCAAAUGGCCUUUGUAGACAGAUUCAAGGCUCCGUUUAUCGGACUGGUUAGUUUAGAUGCGCCCCCCGUUAUACACAGGGCUGUGGGAAAUCCAACUCAUCCCAUUUUAUAUCCAGACACAGUUCUGCCAUUUAACAACGACUUAAACUUUAAACAACGAUUGAUCAGCUUCGCCGCCAACAUAGGAUUUUACGUAUUCUCCGAAUACUUCUUUUAUCCCAAGGAAGACUUGAACGUUAAAAAGCAUUUUGGAGAAUUCCCCAUAAGACCCUUAUCUGAAAUACAAUACGAUAUGGAUUUGUUGUUCAUCAAUGUCAACCCAUUUUUCCACAAGUUGCGACCUCUUGGACCAAACACCAUACAAAUUGGAGGUGGUACUCAUUUGCAAAAGGCCAAAGCUUUGCCUCAAGAUCUUCAAUCGUUCCUGGACAAAUCUAAGAAUGGAGUUAUCUAUUUCAGUUUGGGGACUAAUGUGAAAACUAGUUUAAUAUCAGAUGAAUUAAAAGCAACCAUUAUUGAAACCCUUGGUGAAUUACCCUAUGAUGUGUUAUGGAAAUACGAAGACGAAAUGAAGGGAUUACCCAAAAAUAUUAAAAUUUCAAAAUGGAUUCCACAACAAGAUGUCUUCAAACAUCCAAAAAUUAAAUUGUUUAUAACACAGUGUGGUUUACAAUCAAUUGAAGAGGCAAUCUCUAAUCACAUACCCUUAUUGGGCAUGCCCUUCUUUGGGGAUCAAAGCAAGAAUGCCCAGGUUGUACUUGAAAAGGGUUUGGGCUUGGUGGUUGACAAAAGCAUCUUGACCAAAGAAGAAUUCAAGUCCAAAAUUUUGGAGACCAUUAAAGAUCCAAAGUUCAAAAACAAAGUCAAGGAAAUUGCUGAACUAAUGGUGGACGUACAGAUGACUGGAUUACAGAAGGCUGUUUGGUGGACUGAAUACGCCAUCAGGAACAAAGGGGCGAAACAUUUGAGAAGUUCUGGAGUACAAGAUCCUUUCUAUAUUUAUUUCAUGUUGGAUGUUAUUGGUUUUGUCCUCUUAAUUGUAUCAAUAAUCACUUAUAUCAAUUAUAGAAUAACAAAAUUUGUAUAUAGAUUAAUAUUUAAAAGAAAUAAACAGAAAAGAGAUUAGAGAAAUCAUAUUUUUGUAAUUUUGAUGUAUUAAUAUUUUAUUAAUAAAGACACUGGUGUUUUAUUUAUAUCA